AUGAUUUUAGUUUUCAAAACUUCCCAUCAAGACAAUGCGCCCAUUUUAGAAGAAAAAAAACAUUCCUCUCUAUUUCUCUUCAUUCCACACAUACACACCACAGAUAACUCUUGGGCCCAUCCAAAAUGUGUGUCUCGUGGCUUGGCCAAAAGGCACAUGCCCCUCACUGCUGCUCUUCCUCACUUCAAAUUGAACAGUUCUUUCAUUUACAAGGUUAGGCGCGAGCUAGAAUUGAUGAGCAACGAGUCGACACCGUUCUCAACGGUGGCGGUCGCACAGAAAUCUCGGACUUGGACCUCUCCACUCAUGGGAGAUGCUGCUCGUGCUCGAAUCGCCGCUAGAGAAGCUUUGUUGGAAUCACGUAUCGAGAAAAGCAAAACCCAACGAUUAACGGCUCGUCGUUUCGACACCAACCGGGGUACUGCUCGUCUUUUUCUUGAAGCAAGGGAUGUUGAGAACUCCCAAGGAAAAAUGGAAGUGAAGAUCACCAUCAACAUGAAACAACUCGAGAAACAUCAUCGUGAGAUUGAUUCCUACAUCUCAUCAUUCAAUCCACACCCGGAAUCGAGAUUCCUCCGUAUUCCACCAAUGCCCAUUGACUACGCUCGGGUCGAACUCGUUCGUGAUAUACUUGACAACCUAUGUCGCAAUCUUCAACGUAUGAGCGUGUCCCAGAUCAGUGACGACGAUCUUAGGAUGUGGUUGGAGAGACUUCGUAAACUUGACGUUCGCCUCACCGCCCUCUAUCCAAGAACCCCAGCGCCAGGAGACCCAAACAAAAAGAGCUUCCGUAUGUGCCCCUGCUUUGAACCUGAAAUGAAUGACAUUGAGAAGCUGAUUUGCGAAUACGCCAUGGAUUCCGGCGCCACGGCAUUCUAUCUGAAAAGGAACCCUCCCCGAUUCCCUGGAACUCCUCCGACCUCCGGGAACCUAUACAUGAAGUAUAGGAAUUCACGCUUUCUCCGCAGGCAGCCUCCUUAG